ACUUAAUGUGAUGAAAGAUAUUACUUUAAUUCUGAAUAAUGAGAAUGUCCAGCUGCCACUGAAGUGAUACCACCAUGCCAGACUCUUUCUGCAGGGGUGGACAGAUGAGAAUUAUCUAAGGAAAUGGCCUGGUUAUCUACAUAUUCCACACACUGACACAGAAAAAAAGGCACUGGAUUCAUACAGCUGGUUCAACUGGUCUGACGAGAAAGGGGAGGGUGAGAGGCAGCGAGGAGGAGGAGGUUUCAGAGGAGGCAUUGCCGAGCCCACAAUUAGAAAACAAGAUAUAAGAGGAAAGAUAAGAACAGAGGAGGGCAGGAAGGACAAACGGUUCAGAUUUUAGAGGGUUUUAUAGCCAUGAAGUUUGGUGAUGUGCAGGUGUUGCUGCGCUGAUACACAGCAGGAUUAUUUGACCUGUCAGAUCAACGCCGACGACGUUCCGACAUUCAUCUACCUCAGCAGGGAAACUGGGAAUCAAACUCCAGCUGGCACUCUACCUCUAGCAUCAUUCCUCCAACAUGAGUGAUGACGGGGAAGCGCAUAGACCCGAAGGGAGCCAAGGAGCCAGACUGGCCCCCAACGUCAAACCCAAACUCAACCAGAAUAGCAGGAACAGCAAGGAGGACCACUUAAAGAAAGAGAAACCAGCAAAGGUGAGGAGGUCAAGGAGCACUGAGUCGGAGAGGUCUGACAGAGGGAGAAGGAGGGAUCGAGAUCGGCACCAUGGAGAGAGGAGGCAGCGUGGGAGGAGUGAGGAGGCCCGGAGACGAGACAGGAAAGAGGGGGAGAACGACCGCAGAAAGCCCCCUGAAGAUGACGUGGAAGACACUGAGUGUGCCGUGUGCUUCUGCUCUUACGAUAACGUCUUCAAGACCCCCAAACUGCUGGCAUGUGGACACACUUUCUGUCUGGAGUGCCUCGCUCGCAUCAACGUGGUCUCGCCUGAGCUCAAGACCCUGUCCUGCCCAGUGUGCCGUGAGCUGACCGAGCUGCCCCAUGGCCAGGACCUGCCUCGCCUGGGCAACAACGAGGACAUCAUAGGGAAACUCCCACCAGACAUGCAGAGGGCUCUGUCCAUCCGCUUCAAGCGCAGCCAGGGGAAGCUGAUGCUGAAGAACCCUCCUCCCAACAGCCCGACCAAGCCGAGCUUCCUCACGCUGCCAAAGAAGAGUCAGGAGGUCCAGGCGGCAGCAGGUGGUGACCUCAACCUGAGCACGAUGGAGCAGGGAAUAGCUCCAACCACUGUGGUGGACGUGGGCCGACCUCCCAACAGGGUGAGGGGCCGCCUGCGGAGGUUGUUCCGCUCGGAUCAGUGCUACUACGCUGUGGUGGGGUCCAUCAUCACCAUCACCGUGGUGCUCAUGCUGGUGGGGAUUCUGGCCUUUGUCAUCAUACCGAAUGUGGUUGUUCGGCCUCCGGGACCAGGCAACCAAACGAUACGCCCUCCCUCAGGAAACGGCAGCACAUUCACUCCGAACACGAGACCCUGACUGGGCAGAGAGGAAAUAUCACUGGAGACACUUCUGUGAACAUUCAGCCACUUUGUUUUUUGCUCUCGGAGAAGGAAAAUCAAAGCAUAUUCCAGCUUUUUCACAUGAAGCUUUGCGAAGAAAUGAAGGACAACAAGGACAGCAGCAUUUUUUGAACAGACAGGUUUGACUCUAUGUUGUUGCACACAAAAGAAACAGAGCAGACCUGCCUUUUGUUUUUGAUAUUUUUCUGACCAUGCUCGUGAUUACUGUGAAAGCCUGAGUGGAUAAAGAUUAAUAAACUGUAAAUCUUUAAAUGCACUAAACUCUGUGACAAAAAGCCGUCGGUAUACUUGGAUUGUCUCAUUAACCAGUUCAGGGUCUCUAGUUCUGACAAACUGUGUUUAUAGUCACUGUACAUACCCAUAGAUGAUUUAUAUAUUUGUAUAAGAAUUGACUUGAUUUCACAUCAUAUCAUCAAAUAAAGCCUGUUUGAGACAUUUAAA